AUGAUUGACUACGUGCUGCUCCCUACGCACCUGCGUCCGCAGCUGACUAGGGCACGCUCGUACGGAGGGACACAGCUUGCCAGUGAUCAUAAGCUCGUUAUUGCCGAUCUGGAGACAAGCCGCUUGUUCAGAGCAUACAAUGCAAAAUCUACAGAAAGUAUGGAGAAACCUCUUGCUGUGGCGGAGCUUGCGAAUCCUGAAAAGAGCCUCAAAUACCGAGAAAACCUAAAGCUGAAGCUCCAAUCCUCUCUAAUGUUAUGUAGUGUGGCAGACAGCAUUCCCGUUGCGGAUUUCAGGAAAUCUGCAACCAACCGAAUGAGGGAGUCGGCCAAAGAGGUUGUUGGACACAUGAGACGCUCAAAUCGUGGCACUCUGAUAAAUAAAAGUGCGGAAAUUCAAGAACUAUCCCGUGAGCAAAGUCGGCUCAGGGUUCUGAUCGACUCUGGGCCGAGCAACGCAGCAGAGCUAAGGAAAGCAAGAAAUCAAGUUCUCCAUAAAAUCAGAAACACCCAGCUUUCAGAAGCCAAUGAUCGCCUCGACAAAAUUGCUGAACAAAUCGAUAACGCUCCUGAGUCGGUGAAGAUGUUUCAGGCGGCGAAGGCCCUGAAACGGAAGUCUGCAGAUAGUUCGGUAAAGGUUGAGUCUACCGACGGUGAAGUUGUUGCCCAGAGCCAGGAAAAAACGGACAUAAUCGCGGCGCACUUUCAACAGCAGUUCUAUUCUGCGCUGAUAUCAACAGUCGAACGCCCAACGCCCCAUAAGCUGGAGGUUCCCGUGGCCAUUGCUGAGGUGAGCCGAGCCCUUUAG